AGCACCCGAUGCAGAAAGAAGCCGCGGAUUUGAUUUUACGCAGCUAGUAAGCUAGCACGUACUCUGUAGUGCAGUUAUCUACAUUGUUUUUACUUCUUGUAAAGAAUGACACACUUGUGAAAAUCAAAGUGGCAAUUCUACAAACUCAAAAUGAAUCUCGAGAGACUUCGAAAACGAGUACGGCAAUAUAUUGAUCAGCAACAAUAUCAAAGCGCCCUGUUUUGGGCCGAUAAGAUCGCAUCCCUCUCACACGAAGAUCCCCAGGAUAUCUACUGGCUUGCUCAGUGCCUUUACUUGACCUCACAGUACCACAGAGCCUCCCAUGCCCUCCGUUCACGAAAACUUGACAAGCUAUAUGGAGCAUGUCAGUAUCUUGCUGCUAGGUGCCAUUAUGCUGCCAAAGAGUUCCAGCAGGCCUUGGAUAUUCUGGAUUCAGAGGAGCCAGCAAGUAAGAAGUUGCUGGACAAGGGUGGAAAGGAGGACAGCGGGACACCGGAGACAACCAAGGACUGGGACAUGUCCCCUGCCUCUAUCAACAGUUCCAUCUGCCUCCUGAGGGGUAAGAUCUAUGAUGCCAUGGACAACCGGCCAUUGGCCACCUCCAGUUACAAAGAGGCCUUGAAACUCGAUGUGUACUGCUUUGAAGCCUUUGACCUUUUAACAGCCCACCACAUGUUGACUGCACAGGAAGAGAAAGACUUCCUUGACUCACUUCCUCUGAGCCAACAAUGUACUGAGGAAGAGGAGGAGCUGUUACACUUCCUUUUUGAGCAUAAAUUAAAGAAGUACAACAAGCCCAGUGACUUGGUGGUACCAGAGAUGGUCAAUGGUCUUCAGGACAAUUUGGAUGUUGUGGUGUCUCUUGCUGAGAGGCAUUACUAUAACUGUGAUUUCAAGAUGUGCUACAAACUCACAUCGAUGGUGAUGGUUAAAGAUCCCUUCCAUGCCAAUUGUUUACCCGUCCACAUAGGGACUCUGGUGGAGCUCGGAAAAGCAAAUGAGUUGUUUUAUCUUUCACACAAACUUGUCGACUUAUACCCAAACAAUCCCGUAUCGUGGUUUGCUGUUGGAUGUUAUUAUCUCAUGGUUGGUCAUAAAAACGAACAUGCCCGGCGAUACCUUAGCAAAGCCACUACCCUGGAGCGUACAUAUGGUCCUGCAUGGAUUGCCUAUGGUCACUCAUUUGCAGUGGAAAGUGAGCAUGACCAAGCUAUGGCUGCCUAUUUUACUGCUGCCCAGCUGAUGAAAGGGUGCCACUUACCCAUGCUCUACAUAGGCCUCGAGUAUGGCCUGACAAACAACUCCAAAUUAGCAGAGCGUUUUUUCAGCCAGGCUCUUAGUAUUGCUCCAGAGGACCCAUUUGUCAUACAUGAGGUGGCAGUGGUGGCUUUUCAAAAUGGAGAUUGGAAGACGGCAGAGAGGUUGUUUCUCGAUGCAAUGGAAAAAAUCAAAGCCAUAGGGAACGAGGUAACGGUGGAUAAAUGGGAACCUUUACUGAACAACUUGGGUCAUGUCUGUCGAAAACUGAAAAAGUAUGACCAGGCCCUGGAGUACCACCGUCAGGCACUGGUGUUAAUCCCUCAGCAUGCCUCCACCUACGCUGCCAUAGGAUAUGUGCACAGCCUUAUGGGUGACUUUGAGAGUGCCAUUGACUAUUUCCAUACAGCACUUGGACUAAAAAGGGAUGACACGUUUUCUGUGACAAUGCUUGGCCACUGUAUUGAAAUGUACAUUGGUGACACAGAUGCGUAUGUUGGCACAGACAUUAAUGACAAAGUCAGGGGAAACUUGAACACCCCAGCGCUGAUGAAGAUGUUGAACACAUCAGAACCUGGUGACCUCCUAGCCACACCAAGACUGGAAGACACCAGCAUAUCAUCCCUGGACACCCCACUGUCAGGUCAAGACAAGAUGAUGUUGGAGACGCCUCUGCGACUCUCUUUAACUCUUGAGUGUGAUAUGUAUGAAAGCGAUGUGAUGUUAGACACGUUGUCAGACACCAGCACGUGAUCUCACGAUGUCAGGAGGUGGAACUGUUGUAGCAACAGAUUGUCAUAGGCACACAUAUCCAAGCUCAAGGACUACUUUCAAACCAAAACUCUGGCACCUGUCCUUCACCAAAGGAUUCUUGAUUCCCCUCUCGUGCAAAAAGUAAAAAGAUGUAAAACUUCUCAUUGUUAACAUUAUGAAUACAAUAAACGUGAAUUUGUAUACAGUAUCUGCUGUACUUCAGAUAAAUUAGCAAAAAUGCACUUUAAAAGGGGAAUUAACAUGUGCCUUGGUUAAGGGGUUGAGUACUUGGACACUGGGUUGAGCCUGAAGACUCAAAGAAGAUGUGGUCUUCUGACAGUAGAUUGAACAGAGCCAACAGCCAUACACCUCACAUCACAACGAAAAGACUAUAGUCACUUAUUACUGCCUGUGGCAGAACCGUUUGUGUUGCUUUCCCUGUGGAUUUUCACCUUGAAUAAAGAGCCAGCUAAGUACAAGCAGUUUUGUUGAAAAUUGUUCUUGGUAAUUCUUAUAAUAAAUAAUGCAUUUAUCUUUAAAGACUU